GUUUUUGGAAAAGACUCUGCUUAGAAACAACAGACUCAAAUCUCUAUCGUCUCUCGUCUUCCUAAAGAGCGCUCUGAUUGAUCUCUGUAAUAAUGGCUCAACAAGCCGAUACGGUGUCGUCUGGCUCUAAUCAAUCUUCUUCUUCUUCUUCGACUACACAAAGUUCGCCCCUGGAAACCCUCAAUAAGCAACCCCAGGUGCCUCCGUUCUCUGGCUUUCCAGCAUAUGGUGAUUUUCAGAUGUAUCCUAUAGUGUACCCUGCACUAGUUCCGGGGUUAACUUAUUUGCAAAAUCAAGAACAGAUGAAUCGUGGGGCAGGCAUUUAUGCAGUGCCUGUUCCACCAUUCAUGGGCCCAAUUGCUGGACUUUCAUCAAAUACGCUUAUUCCCCUUACUUAUAACAUACCCACCAGGACAAGUGCGGAUGUUGGGGCUGCCAAUGAUCAAGCGCAAGGUGGACAGCCACAACAGCAACAGCAGGCUGCACCUCAAAGACAAGUUGUUGUGAGGAGAUUUCAAAUUGCAUUUCAGCUUGAUUUGUUACUUAUACUUAAGCUUGCAGCUGUAAUCUUUUUGUUCAACCAAGAGGGAUCAAGAACAAGACUUGUUGUCCUUGUGUUCUUUGCUUCAAUUGUUUAUUUAUAUCAAACUGGAGCUCUUACACCAAUAGUGCAAUGGCUCUCACAAAGCAUGAGACGAGCAGCUCAACCUCCCCAUCCUCCCAGGCCAGUUGUCAGAGGUGAAAAUGCCCCUGGUGCUGCAAGGCAGAAUGAGAAUGUUGCUUUAGCAGAGGGACAAGCGGGGGCUGAUAAUGAAAAUAGACCAGCAGAGGAUGGUAACCAGGCUGUAGAAAACGAGAAUGUAGCAGAACCCGGUGGCGCAGAAGGUGGUAACCACUGGUGGGGAAUUGUGAAGGAGAUUCAAAUGAUUGUCUUUGGAUUCAUUACUUCUCUUCUCCCAGGUUUUCACAACAUAGAUUAAGAUUCAUAACUUUUGGAAGAGUCGUAUAGAAGCUGGAAAAACUUAUUUCCAAUGAUUUCCGUUUACUAAAUGAUGUAAAGAGUAUCAUCCAGCUUAUUUGUAGUUUUAUAGUCACAUGCGCCAUGUUAAAUUGUUCAUUGCUUCUUAUUUUAGACAUGUUUGGAUCGCAUAGAAAAGAGAAUAGAAAUGAGAAGACAUGUUUUGAUCAA